UCCUUUCACUAUUAACUCUUUUUCUAUUGUCAGACACUUUCAUCGUCCCCCGCUAACAACGUUUCUCUCUCAAAACGUUUCUACUUUCACGAUAUGGUUUCUAUAAAAGGUUACAAGAAUACAGGAAUCAAAUUAUCUAAUCGUUUCAGUUCCUUGGCCAUUUCUUCAACUCCAGCAAUGGAAGAGGAAAGUGAGAGCACAAAGGCUAGGUCAAGGUCAAAGAAAAAAAAAAUAGGCUCUUUCUCGUAAAGCGACCAAAUUGGCUUGAUCUUCCGAGUGAUUUGACAGCAAACAUCUUCAAGAGGCUUUCUGUAUUGACAAUUUUGUCUGAUGUAAGCCUUGUCUGCACUCAAUGGUUGAAGAUUUGCAAGAAUCCUCUCACGUGGCGCACUAUUUAUAUGCCCAAAUACAUUGACGCUAAUCCUUGGGAAAUGGAGAAGAUUUGUUACAAUGCUGUUAAGCUAAGUUGCGGUCAUCUUGAGAGCAUUAUUAUUGAAGAUUAUUAUGGAACCAGUGAUCUCCUCAAAUUAAUAGCUGAUAAUGGCAGUCACCUACGUUGCAUGAAGGUUAUGAAUUACAACAUUGUUACAGAUGAAGAAUUCAGUGAUGUUGUUAGAAAGCUUCCGCGGUUAGAGAAGGUUUUUGUUCCAGUUUUUCAUACAGCUGAGGCCACUCUUGAAGCCCUUGGUCGAUCUUGCCCUCUUUUGAAAUGGCUUCAGUAUAAUUCAUGCUCGCUUGACUCUUGUGACUCUGAUAAAAUGGCGUUUCUUAUUGCUGAAACAAUGCCUGGUCUAUGCCAUCUUGAUAUGAGAGGACACAAGCUCACUGAACUUGGCGUGCUCGCCAUUAUUGAUAAAUGCCCUCUUCUUGAAUAUCUUGACAUUAGUUUUUGUCUUAAUUUGAAUGAAGAUUUGAAGAAAAGGUGCAUUGACCAGAUCAAGGAUUUGCAACUGCCAUAUGUUAUAAGAAAAGGUGCAUUGACCAGAAAAGGUGAUUGAUGAGGAUUUUCAUUAUUGAUUCUGAAUGUGGAAGUCUAAGUGAUUGUGAUGAUAAUAAAAAACUAGGCUGUUAUCUUAGUGUAGAUUUAUCGUCGUGUGUUUAUCUUCAAGUAAAAAUUCGUAUUGGGAUUCUUGUUGACACUCAUGCGUAGUUGGCAUGCUUUCUUGAUCAGUUGUGUUAUCUAUGUUUUUGUUUCUGAAUGAUUUUGAUUAUGAUUUUUGUUGAA